AUGAGUAACUCUGACACUUUUAGAAAGACGGAAGGCGAAAGGAUGAGGCAAGAAAGAAAGAAAAAUUCGAGCCUGCACAGAAUGAAUCAUCUCUAUUCUACGUUCAACACCUCAACGAGUUCGGCAGAUGGGGCAAGUGGCACUGUUAUUUUUUGGGUGGAGAGGGAAGUUGUUCUUUUCAGCCAUCCAUAUAGUACACCCUCAGCCGAAGCAAUGGGACCGGCGGGCGGCCAACACUUUUCGGUCCAUGGAAAGGCUGAGGCAGGACCCGGGAUUUAUGAUAAUCCAGGAGAUGACAAUGCAUACAAAAACGAAGAUCCUAUAUUAAGGCCUCAGCAGAAAACCUGGAAACCCCGUCCUCAAAGUGGGAUUCCACCACCACUGCCGCUCAGAAAGCCCUCAAAGAUUAACAACGAAACAUCAGGCAGUCGGACUACACUUACAUCCCAGACAAGUUCAAGGUCUCCGUCGAUCUGCUCUUCGGAAACGAAUGAAUCUGACUCCGAUGAUGCGCCUGUAAAGUCAAUGCCGCCUAAAGACAAAGGUUCGGCUUCUACUAACCCAGACGCUCUGUUGGGUGGCUUAUUUGCUGAAUUACGUCAGCGGCUAGAAAAGCUUGCAUCGCCCAAUGAUGCGGAAGCCCCAGCUAGAAGGGUCUUGUGGUUGAUGAUCGAGAAUAUUCCGGAAACAGAGCAACCACUGGCACUAGAAUUUAAGAAUAAUGACAUAGUGCGGUGGGUGGAUUACGGUCCAAAGUACCUCAAAAGCAAGCCUCCUCCUCUGCCUGCGAAUGGAUACCUCGAGUGUGAAACGUGGUCAGGGAAGCCGGUGGUUGUGCCCAGUGAGUACGCGCGCCUCAUCAGCUCCACGCUUGAGCUGGCCCAGGUGUUGCAGCGCAGGCCACGAGCCGAGGUCAUUAAGGACUUUGUCGGCACUACCGAUGGCGAUCUCUCCGUUGCGGUUGGUGAAGUGAUUUACCUCCUUUUCGAACGCGACGUUUCCUACUUUAUGGCAAUGAACAAGAGUUUCGCACGCGGAAGGGUACCGAAAACGGCUCUAAAUGUUCUUAUUGCGCCUUGA